CAAGGUGGUGACACACCUCUCAGUGGAUGGCGGCCGUUUCCACCAGACCGGCGGACGAGCGCGAGCUCCUCUCCGCCUGCCCGGCCCUCGCGGGCACGCCUCUCGCCGACCUCCGCUCGUCGGACGUCAAGAAGAAGCUGCUCUCGAUGCCCGUGUCGCACAUCUUUCCUGGCACGCGCGCGAACGAGGCGCUGACGGCCGCGGUGGCUGCCGGGCGCGCCCGCGUCUCGCGCGCCUCGUCCGAGGGCAGCACCUCCGACGCGGACGACGCCGGCCUCUCGGCGGUGAUUGAGACGCUGGCCAACCUGCUCUCGGCGCCGGCGCUCAAGGACGAGCGGAGCUCCGCGGCGGCGAGGGCGGAGGUGGAGGGGGGCAGUCCGCCGCCGCGCGGCCUCCCCCGCGUCCUCUCCUCCCACUCCCUCUCGGCGCGCCUGAAGAGCGGCACGGCGGACGCGCACAAGGACGCCGAAAACGUGCAGUACGUCCGCUCGUUGCUGCGCGGAAAGGUGUCGCGGCAGCAGUACGCGCUGCUGCUGCGCGACCUGCACCACGUCUACGUCGCCCUCGAGGCGGCGCUGGACGCCGCCGCGGAUCGCUGCGAGGCGGUCCGUGCCAUCCACUUCCCCUCGCAGCUUGGCCGGCGCGAGGCGCUCGCGCUUGACCUCGAGGCGCACGCGGGCGGCGGCUGGCGCGAGACGCUCGGCCCUCCCAGCCCGCCGUGCGCCGAGUACGUCGCGCGCAUCACCGAGCUCGGCGCGUCGACAGAGGCGUCCGAGGCGGCCUUGCUCGUAGCGCACGCCUACACCCGCUACUUGGGCGACCUGUCGGGGGGCCAGAUCAUCGCCAAGGCGUUGCGGCGGCACUACGGCGCCGACGCGGCGAUGCACUUUUACCGCUUCGACGCGAUCGCCUCGCCCUCCGCCUUCAAGAAGGUCUACCGCCGCGCACUCUACGAGCUGAUGACAUCGAGCGCGGCCGUCUAUGCGGAGGCGCUCGUCGCCGAGGCCAACGCCGCCUUCUCCUUCAACGCGCGCAUCUUCCGCCACCUCGACGCGGUCUGCGGGCUCGCCGCGCCCGCGCCCUCCCCCUCCGCUGCCGCGCCCGAAGUGGCGACUGCCGCCGCCGCCGCCCCCGCCUCCGCCGCCGCCGCCACAACGAGCGGCGCGACGCCGGGCGAGUGCCCGUUCGGGUUCACGGCGAGGAACGCGAUGGAGGCGCCCCUCCCUGCCGGCCACCCUUCCGUCGCCGCGGGCGGCACGGCGAAGCGGGGCGGAGGCGGGUCGGUGUGGUGCCGGUGCGAGGAUGCCGCCGUCCUCUGCGCCGCGCUGCUCGCCGCGGCGGCCGUCGCGUGCCGCGGCGACCCGCAGGUGCCGUACUCCUGGGUUGUGCCGGCAGAGUGAGGGGGUGUGGCACAGCCCCUCGCUCUCAACUCCGGCUUGCGCCGAGCUGUGCACGGUUUGCGGACGCGAGCGUACAGUGAGUCCGGACCCAGGCGUGCGGACGUUUGUGGUCGAGAGAAAGAGAGAGAGAGAGGAAGAGAGAGAGAGAGAGCCACGAGGGCGCCAUGUAGAGAGCGUAAUGUGCCGUGACGCGCCGGGGCGAUCGAACGCCGAAGAGUUUGUGGGCGGUUCAUGGGCUGUGGCGCGUGAGAAGGUGAACGACUGACCCCAGGCUCGUGUUGUGCGCGAGUAUAUGGGACACGAUGUCUCAAAUAUGAGAGGUUUUGACUCCUACCGGCUCCUGACGC